CCCCUGUUAGUGCCGCCUAUUGGCUACCUGAUACAGCGUUAUUACACUCGUGACAUGCCAUGUUGUCAUAUCCAUGCCGUGCGUUUCCAAGUGUUUUCACAAGCCGGUUGUGACCGUAGCUAACGAGCUAGCAUUACUGUGGAGACGGCCGAGUUGCGGUAACCUAGCAGCUAGCUGCAAUGACAUGCCUGCGCUUUAUUCCUGGGGGGGUCCGUCAUUGCUUCUCUAACGCUGCGUUCGCCCUCUCGAACGAGACGGGGCUUGUCCGGUAAGUGGAGCGAUGGGACGGGAGCGGUUCAGCUCGUUCAUCUGGUUGACUCACCGCGGCAGUCCCUGUUCCGACCUGCUUUUCAGCGGCACGUUCUAUUCUGCCAGUCAGUUACACUCGUGACGGUUGCGGAUGCAUCUCCUCUCGUGGAUCCAAAUGGGCCUCCGAACACACUGGGCACGGCUGGCCAUGCACGCUGGCUGGAGAUGAGAAUGAAACCCAGUCGCCAAGUCUUCCUGGGCCUAUGCUCCAUGCUGGCCCUGGGAUUCCUCUACUACUCUGGGAGGAUCAGCUUACGAGGCUGGUCCGGCGAUUCAUUGUAUGACCAUCAAGGAUUCCUUCUGAAGCCGGAUGGCGCUACUCUGCCGUUGGAGCUGGUGUACAAGUACGGCAAUCUAAGCGAGGGAGCCUGUAAGCCUGGUUUUGCCGCUGCCAAGAUGACUGCCAUUUAUCCAAAGUUCAUCAAACUGGCUCCCAUGUUCCUUGACCAAAACUACAAAAAAUUCUCCAAGAUCAGGGAUUAUUUCCCUCCGUUUGGUGUCAAAUCACAAGAGAGGAUCAUAGAUAUUCUCCUGGCUGCCACUAAGAGAUACGGCGUUGGGGAAGAAGUUGACAGCAUGAACUGUAAGACGUGCAUCGUUGUGGGCAACGGAGGAAUCCUGGCUAACAGGUCUCUGGGACAGAGGAUCGAUGACUUCGAUGUGGUGGUCAGGUUGAACGAGGCCCCGGUGAGAGGCUUUGAGAGAGACGUCGGCUCCAAGACCACUAUGAGGAUCACCUAUCCCGAGGGGGCCAUCCAAAAGACAGAGCGCUACGAGGCUCGCUCCCUGUUUGUCCUUUCAGCAUUUAAAGCUCUGGAUUUCAAGUGGCUCCGACACAUGGUCUUCAACCAGAGGCUGCACAGCACCGAUGGCUUCUGGAAGUCCGUGGCCAGGCACGUUCCAAGGGACCCUGGCGACAUGCGCAUCCUGAACCCCUAUUUCAUCCAGGAGGCCUCCUUCAAGCUCAUUGGCUUGCCUCACAACCGCGGACAGAUGGGCAGAGGGAAUAUACCGACCCUUGGGGCAGUCGCCAUAACAAUGGCCCUCCAUAACUGUGAUGAAGUAGCAGUGGCUGGAUUCGGCUACAACAUGAGCACCCCCAAUGCUCCACUGCACUAUUAUGAAAAGAUCAGGAUGGCGGCCAUCAAAGAGUCCUGGACUCACAACAUAUCGAGAGAGAAGGAGUUCCUGCUCAAGCUGGUGAAGGCUGGAGUCAUCCAGGACUUGACCAACGGGCUCUGCGGUGCAGGAUGCUGAUGUUGCGCACUCACCAUCACGAUGGAUGGACGGAUGGAUGGACACAUCACUGUGCUCACCUUCCACCUGCUCCAGCGCCUAAGGAGUGAAACUCUGCGUAGGCCUCGUUCCAGCAGCGAGCAGCAGCUGUCCCACAGUGCAGAGGCACUGUUUGUAUGAGGCUCAGUGCCAGAACACACAGUGUUGGGUAUUGACAUAUUGCCAGCAAUGGGCGUCUGUAUUUAUCUUGUUCUACUGGCUGGUCAAUGUACAUUUACAUGGCUUUUGGUGCCCUGGCUCAAAGGGGUACGUCCUCAGUGAUGGGGAUCAAACCAGGAAAUGGACCAGGCUGCCCUCCUCAUAGAGCUUCUCCCGGCUGAGUGAGGGGGUGGGUGAGAUGUUGGGUUUAAGUAUUGAGCCUGUGCCAAGAAUACCUCUACAAGUGUCCUUCUACCCAAGUAUCUGAAUGUAACCUGCAUCAAACAUAUAGUUUUUUUUUUAAUGUCUUCCAGUUGCUGCGUGACUCAGCCGUCCUAGUCCAGACGUCCGUGGGUGCACACACUCUGUAUCAUAGCAAUUACAAAUGACACCAACAUUGGCUAAAGUACUCCCUCCUAAAUAAUAAUAAUGAUAAAAUAAUAAUGACACUCAAGUACAAAGUCUGGUUUACCACUCUGGAAUACUAGACAGAUCGCACCGUCUUUGUCCAGCAUUAUUGUCCAAUCAGUCUCCUUGGGAAUGUACAUAUUUAUUGGCACUUAACUAAUGUUUAUGAUAUGAUGCGUGUAAUUCGCUACUGAUUGUGUCUUAACAUACACUGUUGUUCAAAAGUGUGAAAUCAGCUGUUCAAUCACAGAGAAGUGCAGUAUAAUAAAGCAUGACCCUCAUCAUUAUUGACACACAAGAGUGCAGGGGCUCCUGAUUUUGGGUGGAAUUGAGUGUCCCCUGAGCCAUCUAAGUGCAUCUUAUCAAGAUUUUGUGGGUGCAGAUUCCAAAUGUUUGAACAGUAGAAACAUUUUCUGUCACCAAUCAUACAGACUGUAAUUUUUUUUUUCAGUUUCACGUAAAACACAAACAAUAUUAAAAUGUUUGAUAAAUAGUCAUUGAAUAUGUAAAGAACAUGAACUGUAAAGGAGGCACGAAGUAGUUCCGGUGCGACUAGACGAUGGCUGCCUCCAGCAGACAUGACAAGGAGUAGAACAUCAGUUUAUUUAUGAAUGAACUGCAUCUUGAGUUCCACUGUGUCGGCUAGACAAAUGAUAAAGUAUUAUAGAAUACAUGCUGUGGGUCACACUAUUUCACGAGUAUAUCUUAUAAUAGUGAAUCACAACUGUUUCUAUCAGCCUCUCAGACACUCACAAUCAUUUGCUUGCAUGACUGAUGUGUAAAUCUUCUUAAAAAUUCUUCAACACUUGCAUAAAAUGUAUCUUCAGCUAGUGGCAUAUCAACGAGCGCUUUAGGUCAAGCCGUGUUGUGAAAAGUUUGAAGUGGCCCCCAAACAUGAAGUUGGUUUUAAAUACAAGUGACUAAUGUGUGAUGUGGUCAUCAACAGAACAUAUCUGUACAAGUCUGAUUUGAUAUGAAACCCUUAGGAUCUGUUGGAACUGAAUUUAUAUAGUGCUUUUCUACUAUUUUUACCCCCAUUGCCCUCUCCUGGUACCUCUGGGACAGACUAUAUCUCAACCAACAACUGCAGAUCAACAAAGUUCUGGUCACCGAUGGUGUCCCCCAGGGUUUGGUGCUCGGUCCCCUUGUAUUGUAUUGUACUCUGACAGCCCUUUCCCUCCUGGUGCCUCAGGUCUGUUGAUUUCUUCCUCCUUUGGGGAAUAUGAUCACCAAAUCACAUUGAAAAUAGCCCCACAUUGACAACAAUUAAAAGGCCUUCAAAACACACCUCUUCAGAUCUCAGGCCCCCACCCUCAUAUUUUUUAUUUUGUCAGUUGAUACCAUUUUAUGCUAUAUAUUUACUUUAAAGUUUUUUCCUCUUUUCCUUAUAUAAUGUGUCUUUUAAACGUUUGAAAAGCGCUAUUUAAACCUGAUUUAUUUUUAUUAUUACUACAGAAGCAGCAUUUAUGUGAUGUGGGCUGCAGGGGACACUGAACUGAAUGACCAUUUCCCCUCGAUGUGACUUCAGAGCGUUGGGCAGAGUUCUACUGAUGCUGGCUUCAAACUCACUGUGAUCUUACUCUCUUCUCAUCAUUGUCCAAAGUAAUAGCAGAGCCCCGAAAUGCAGGGGCCCUGCUAUGGGCUGCUAUCUCAGGCUCCCAACCAUCGUCAUAAUCAGUGCUACUACCACAGACAUGAAUUGAGCUUUAUGAAUCUCUAUAUAUACUAUAGUCAACUGAAUUGUGAAAUUUGUUUGUUUUGCGUAAUACACUCUAGCAGUUGUUUGUGCUCACCUUGUUUGUGGACUUCACGCUGGUCAGAACUCCAAGCCAAAGUAUUCGUAUAUUUAUUAUAGGCUGUGCAAAAGAACAUGUUAAAGAAUAAAGAUUUAAGUGAU